AUGGCCAUCGAACAGUUAUCACUUACAUAUUAUCAUGGAAGGGGAUACCUUAAGAAUGCACAAAUCUCCGGCCUCGAUGAGGCAUGGAGCUUGCAGUGGUUUUAUAAAGUGCUGAAUCAUUUUAAGGCGGGACAGUCGACACUCGACUAUAUCAAGGCUAACCAUCAGCAAUUGGUAGCACGGACUCCUGAGUUACAGAUAACUCAGAUAUGCUCGCAUGAGAUCCAAGCAAUCGUGGACCCAACCUUCCGCAAGCUCGCCAAGAGACACGCCAAGCUGGCCAACGUACCAAUAAUGGAACAAACGACUUACUUGAUUGAAAACCGCCGUCGUGUCCGCGAACGUUGUCAGACGGACGCUGAGUUUCAGCAGAACCUAUUGAACCAUUGCAUAGUGCAUCUAUUGGAAGUGACUUUGGAUUUACACCCAUGCAAGCGCACGCUACAGCUACGCCCGAAAUGGGCAGCGCCAAACACAAACCUGGCAGCAACAACCUCAAGCGCCGACAACUACAACAUGCAUCGGUUGUCAUACACAGGCCCCACCAGAUCCGCGCCACAUCGUGCGAUGCCACAAUUAUCGAGUAUCGGCCUAAUGGGGCAGGUGACAAUCGCACGCGAUCUCAGAAGCAGGGGCGGCAAUUCCGCGAUGCAGCAGCGGCCCAACGUACAUCCACCGCACAUAUACCAGGGCCAGGUCAGGGAAACGGCCCGGCCAGACAUGCCCUUGCAGUGA